AUGCAAACUAGAGGUCGCAAGCGACUGAUAAUUGAACAAGAUGAUGAUGAAGAUGUGCGACCUUAUAUUGAGAAAUUGAUGGAUGGUCAAAACCACUCAGCAGCCCAACCUUAUAUUGAGGAGUUAAUGGAUAGUCGAAACUUCUCUGAAUAUCAAGCACAUGAUGAGCAAUCCAAUGAGUUGAAUAGUUCUGCUGGUGGCACUGAGGCUCAACAUAAUGAAGAUGAAUCAGGUAAUUCAGAGCGAAGAAAGGUUCACGGGCCUACUUUACUAAAAGAUAUUUGGAAGCUUCCUCCGGGGAAGAUAGUUGAUGUGUCGUUUAAUAAUCGUAACCAAGCUAUUGGGGAAAAAGGUCGAAAACUUGCUAGCUUUCUAGGAAUUAUCGCGAGAACUCCAGAACUAAUACCUCUACAUGCAGAUGAUGGGAGAAAUUUUGACAAGGAGGAAAAGAAUAAAUUGGUGGAUUUUCAGAAGAAGAAGUUCUCUAUCCCUAAACGGGGAGAAACUUAUGUCUUAAAGUCACUAGGAAAGAAAUGGAAAGAUUACAAGUGCGAGUUAAAAGGUGAGUAUAUGCGAAAAUAUAAGACUAAAGACGCUUUGCUGAAAAAUAGACUAAGUCGCAUACCGAGGGAUCAAUGGAGUGGUCUUGUCUCUUAUUGGUUUUCGGAUAAAGCUAAGGCAUCAACAAUUAAAUCUUUAAAACACCCCUAG